AGGCCUAGGGAAAGCUUGCCCACGCUUGACUCGCUCUUCGUAUCGCUUUCUUAUUAUAGGGCAAAGCCGAUCGCGUUCAAAACACAAAAGCACAGAUGGUCCGACGGCAAACAGCAUCCUUGCCACCUGCGAGGGAGGGAAGGAAGGAAACGAAAAGGGCUGGGGCGGGGGGAGCAGGGAGGAGAGCCCACGCGCCCCGGCCAGAGAUUUAAAAGCAUUUAAUCCCUCAAGAACGGAUUAAGAAUAAAAUAUAAUAAUAAUGCGGUCCUGAGGCACAGAGCAUCCAUUCACCCACCAACGACGACGACAACGAGGAGGAGGAGACGAGAGAGGAAGGAGGCGGGAGCUGCGCGCUUGGCGCCCCCUUGAAGGUCGUUUGGCAUCUUCCAUUCAUUCCGUCUAGAGCUUCGCCACGCUGCCUCAGAAACAACCGCUGGGCUUUAAAAAUUAAAUUUUAAAUUAAAAAGGAGGAACAUUCUCUUCCUCUGAGCUCCCAAAAACGUCACCCCUUCUUGGCAACGGAGCGACAAGAGCCCGGAGCGAGCGAGGGAGAGGCAGCUCUUCUAACAAAGGAGAGACCCCCGAAGGCGGGGCGCGGGAGAAGAAACACCUCAGCUUGGGCUUCUUUUUUCGUGAAGACGGAGGGGGGAAAAGAAGGGACCGGCCACAUUAACAGGUACGGAGUUUGGGGAGGGGGUCGCAGAGAGAUAGCCUCGUAGGUCCCCUCCCUCAUCUCAGCCAUUCACCCUCGGAAGGACACAUGGCCGGCGACAGGAGAGAGCGGCUUUCUAGCUGGCGCAUGUUGGGCGUAGGUGCUUUUGGCCAAAGAGGUCGGGGGCUCCUGGACGCCUGAGGGAAAGGCUCGCGGAAAUGGCGAGAAGAGGCGCCUCGCCGCGGCCCGGGAGCCGCGUGUAGCCGCAUGGCGAGGGGCUCCUCGCUGCUUCUUGUCGGGUCUGCUCGUGAGGAGACCCACCCCAGCCAGCCCCCCCACUUUCUUCCCGCCUUCGCUUCUCGGGGUAGCAGGCAUUCUUCUCCCGGGCUGCGAAAAAGACCCGCACGUUUUGGUCUCUCUUUUCUUUCUCCAUUAUGGGUGGAGGGAAAAAGGCGCGUAGGAAGCGAAUGCGUGUGACUCAUGCGCCGCACUUAUUUCCACCUCUCUGAGGGGGGAGGGCGCCACCGUAAAUAAACACACACACACACGCGCGCGCGCUAAAUGAGACCCUAAUGAAACAGUUUUAGCAGACCUAGGUCACUGUUCAGGCUGAGGCACAAACCACGUUACUAGAAUGUAGCCCUAAUAAAAAGAAGCGGGCUUGCUCCAAUAUAUAAACGGAUUUGACGGCUGGCAACCUUGACAUGGGGGAAAGAAGGGGAGCGAGCAGGGAGAGUGAAAUUCGUCUUUGUCCUCCUCACUUGGCAAAAGGUUCCACCUGAAAUGGUCCCUUCCUUUCUUCCAGAAGCCCCUCCCCCUGGUUUAUUUAUUUAUUUAUUUAAAAAAUGGAAUUGGGUUUCUGAAUUGCUGGCAAGCUAAAGCUGAUACUCUUGAAAGCCAAAAAUAGGGAUGUUGGUGUACCAAAACCAAAAGAGGGACACUUUAAAUGACAUGCGGGAUUUUUUUGAAUGGAACAUAUUGUCACUGAUCUUCCUCCUCCUCUUUUUUAAGGCAGUUGACUUGUCAGCUGCUUAGGUACAUUUGCUGUGGGUGUAUUUCUUAAUGCUUCACUGCAUUGGCCCUUUUCACCACAAAAAGACUUUGUCCCAACCUUGCUUGUGGCCCACUCAGGUCUAAAUCAUGCAUGCCCUGAAUAAAAGAUGUUGUUGCUUUCACAGGAAAUUCAAAUUUGCCUUUUUUUUUUAAAGAUCCAGUAGUUUCACCCGCCCCCUCCACUCCACCCCUUUAAAGCUCCACUGGAACAUUUUUGUGCCUUUUUCUUUUUAAGAUAACAAUCAUCUGUGCAACAUUAAAAUGCUGCUACUCUGCUCUGACUGAUUCUGUAGGGCUCUGCUGGGUAUUCAAGAGGGAUGCUACAGAUUACUUUGGAAUUAAUUAUCAAUUUCUUACGUCACUUGGCGGUAUUGUAGUCCUUGUGCACCACUUGGAGACUGGAAGUUAACCGGCUUAUAAUUUGUUCAAAUAAGUAACCGCUACACUAGGGAGUACAAGGUUAUGCUAGGAAUGCAGGCCUGAUUCCAGCCUACAUCUGUAUAGAGGUGACAUCUUUUCCAAGUCUUGGUUUCUCUCCUAGAGAGGCUUUUUCUCUGUUCUAUUCUUCUCUCUCUCUCUUGUGGUUAGCGCCUUUGCUUUUUUUUAUCACACACCAUCAGUGUCCUUUCUGCCAUAAACCAUUUGUUCACAAAGCAGAGUUGUCAUACAACCUGUUGCUAUCACUGAUUGCCUCCAUGGGCAGGGUGGGGAGGAAAGGUUGUAAAUGCAGAAAUACUGGGUGAUGUCCUAUGAAUUCCUACAGUAGGUCCAUUGGUUACAGUGGGUCUGCUUUGAGUGUGACUAAACAUUGUGUAGCGCCCAUUAUAACCACCAUACUCAUUAGUAUUAUUAGCUUAAAUUCAAGACAGAGUUAAACUUGCUGAAAUACGCUGAAAUCGGUGGAGUCCCAAUUCUGUGCUGGAUUUAGGCUAUUAAUAUUAUGAUUAUUGGCAUCGUUGUCUUCAGCCUGCUUAAACAUGCCAGAUUAUCAUUUGAUUAUCCUGCCUCCCACUGGUCUCCUUCUGCUCCUUUUAUUGCCAUUUUAGUCAGGCCUCUUUUAUCCUUGAAAAAAGUUGCAUCUUUUAUGGUGAAUUUCACCUUUCCCUGCCUGAUUCAUUUCAAAAAGAAUGCUGAAUUUAUUAUUUAUAUUUAUUCUUGUGGUGCAGUGGUUAGAGAGUGUUGGACUAUGACCCGCGAGACCAGGGUUCAAAUCCCGGAACAGCCCCUGCGCCUGCAGAUGUAGUAAGCCAGGCUUACCAGAUUCUGAAAUACCUUCUAAAGAUCACCCCCACCACCUGCAACACGAUGAAACCCAGAGUCUAAAGUUACUUAACUGCUCCAUUGCUCAUAUCUAUCCUGCCUGAAGAUCUUUGGUGAAAGAAAGGCAAGGUAUAAAUAUAAUAAAAUGCUCUUAAAGAUGUCCUGUUGGACUCUUUGGGAGAGGGGCCUAGCCACUAAACUUUACAUCAGCUUGCUAACACUGAAAACUGAACUUUGAUAAUGGAGUAGUGGGUGGGAAAUGGCUGUUCAGUUGAAAUCCACCACCAGAAAUCCACCAACAUGCUUUUCUUAGAACGGAAGGGUAAUUUUCAUAACGCUACUUGAUGCCACAUAGUUUAUCUCAUCUAUUUAAAAACGAAAACAAAGACAUUUGUGUACGUACAGAGAAGAACAUGUUAAUCCACAAUGUGGCUCUCAAGUCUCCUCCAUUCCACAACAUGAUUUCUCCCUUCUCCCACUACAUUUUUUGUGAUCAGAGAUAAGAAUGGUGAGGACAUGUUAAUAUCCUCUUUUUGCUAUCGUUUUCUCUCGCUCUUAAUAGUUCAGGCCUAAAUAAAUGUGGGCUUUAAACCACAAAUUGGGCAAGAAAAAAGAUAUUUAAAGCAAUCUUCAGUUGACUCUAUGCUGUAUAAAUAGCCCUUCAGUCCAUAUAUUUAAUGUUCUGAAUCAAAGAAUGAAUAGAAUUUAGGAAGCCAAUGAGCUAGAGGUGCAUGCGGUCUAAAGUCCUAGCAUUAUGGAAGAAUUUUAAUGAUGAUCUUAAUAAUGCAUUUUAAGAGACUCGAAUGAAACACAGUUUGUUUGGGUAUCUGACCUUUACAGUAGCCCUUCUCAAGCCUGAAUUAGCUUUACAUUUUGAGGUGAUGUGGUGAGGGUUUUAUAUUUGUUUACUGUAUGUGUUUUAAAUGUUUUGAUUUUUUUAAAAAAGAUAUUUAUAUUUUUGUCAGCUACCACAUGCAAAUCAUUGCUGUCUGGUCGGUAGAAUGCUCCUUUCAGAAUAAAAUAAUAAUAAAAUAUGUCCAUUUUGCAAAAAACGAGAACAGGAUCAGAGAAAUCGCAUGUGAGCUAAUAAAGAGGAUUUUAAUGAACAUGAAUAUACAUAAUAUUCAGUACACUUCCAACAACCAGUGCAGAAUUAAUUGCUUUUUAAUAUGUCUGUUCUGCCUUUGUGAUCUCCCCACCCCAUGCUUGCACCUGGUCCCUCUCCCCCCGUUCUAUUUUAAACGUUAGGCUGUAAUUCUGUAGCCAGUUUUCUGGGUGUAAAGCCUUCUAAACUCAGCUGGACUACUUCUGAGGACUACAUGCAUAGGACUGCCUGUUAGUGGUGUUUUGAUUUGAUACAGCACAGCAAUUUAUUUUAGUUUGUAGCUGCAUGCUGGCAUGUGUAAUCACAGUGGUUUCUCAUGGUUAUGCUGAGUUAUCAGCACAGGGAUGAAUUUAGGAGCAACAGACCUACCUGGGGCAGCAGACUUAGGUCCCACAGGUCUCAGAGGGCACCUCUCAUGGACUGGCUACUCAUCUCUCCAGUCAACAAGCAAAGCAAAUACUUCACCUUUACUGUUGACAAGCGGCCAGUGUUGCAUUUCUGUUUGUUUGUGUUUGUUUAAUUUGUGGGGAACUUUACGCCACCACUGCUCAUUCGGUGACGUACAUAUGACUGUGAGUGAUUGUGAUCCAGACUCAUGCAUGCAGAUUUAUAGUCUUCUAUGGCAAGCAUGCUCUAUGCAUCAAAGUUAUUAAAUCUCUGCACAUACAAUAAAAAAUAAGGUAUUCAGAAAUGCAGCAAAUAUAUGCAGGGAGCACUACUGAUGAUUCUUGUUCCUGAUCCUUGGUUGAGGUCUCCAUGCCUGGUUGGGUACACUGAAGACCCUGUCCCACCAGCAGGCAAACCCUUCGCAUCCUCGUUUUUUCCUUGAGCUGCAAAUUGGCACUGGGGACAAGAUGGAUAAACAGUCACAGAAGACUGUUACUCGCACGAGUACAACUUCAUGGUUCAGUAUGGAGUUGGGCUUGGUGUUAGCAUAGAGUGCUUAAUAAGCACACCAAAGGCUUCUUCUGUGUUUGGCUGACAGAGAAGGGUUUUCCCCCCAGAGGUUAGAAAAAUUAGCAACAUCAUAUAUUUUUGAGUUCAAUCUGUCCCUUUCCCAAGCCUGGCUAAGAGAAGUUGCAAAGGCGAACUAUGCGCUUGAAUCGAUUUGCAUUUUCUCCCCUUGAUGGUGCAUGGGAUUUGCCCAAAGCUAAAUGCAGCCAGAGCAGUCAGAUUAGAGUUUAAUGAUUCCUGAUCUUUUUAUCAACCUGGUAGCAGUUUCUGAACAUGUGCAGUGUGGUUUGUUGGAACUCUUUCUUUUUUUAAACAGUUGAAUAGAACAUCCUGUUUAUGUCUCCAAACAGAGCAUGCAUGUGUGGCCCGGGGGUGGGUGGGAGAAGUAGGGUUGCAGUAGCAGGCCAGGCCUUUGACUUUUACACAUUCAGUAUACCCUAUGGGUGCGAAAUGAAAGAUCACACCUAUCAGAAAAUUCUCUUUGCUGUUUCGCAGUCCUUUUCAAACUUAGAAAACAUACCCUUUCUGCAUAUAUGCAGUAUGGCUAAUAGGUGAUUCAUCAGUGGCAGUGUUCAAAAUUAGCCAGGCACAUUUUGCACCCUGCUAUCGGUCACUUGCAACCAAGGGAAGCUGCCUGGGCACCAGGAUGGAGCCUGACAUCUCCACCAUCUGGAAGUGCAUGCCUGGGGAUCUUUGGAACGUGACUGUUUUCACACACUAAUACCACAUCCUGCAGAAUUUCUAUCCGUGUAUGUUAUCUGCACAAUCAGAAUGAAUUUCAGGAACCAAAAUGCUUUUUCUGUGCAGCCUGAGCAAGCAGUAAACAAUGUUAUAGUUAAUUGCCAUAGCUUGUCUUCAUUUACCCCACCCCACUGUUCUGCUCAUAGUUGCGAAGAAUAUUCCUACAUUAUGAAUGGUCUGUGUCACCAUUAAGAAAAAGAGGUCGGAACAGGCCAAUAGAUAUGUGGACAGUCCCUGGAUAAAGUGGCUUUUCUUAUUUAAGUUCUCAAAAGUUCUUAACCCAGCUCAAGGUUGUCAUCUGAACUAGCCAGAUGUUUUACUGAUAUCAAUCACAGGAAGUCCAUCAUUUGAAAAAUAAGACUUUAGAGCCGUCUUGCCCCAAAAUGGCAACAUUCCGUUUUGGCGACUGUAACCUUGGUUUAUGGAGCCGUUUGGCGCCAAGCAGCGCUGUGGUCUAAACCACUGAGCCUAGGGUUUGCCAAUCGGAAGGUCGACGGUUCAAAUCCCCGCGACGGGGUGAGCUCCUGUUGUUCAGUCCCAGCUCCUGCCAACCUAGCAUUCGAAAGCACGUCAAAGUGCAAGUAGAUAAAUAGGUACCGCUCUGGCGGUAAGGUAAACAGUGUUUCCAUGUGCUACUCUGGUUUCGCCAGAAGCAGCUUAGUCAUGCUGGCCACAUGGCCCGGGAAAACUAUCUGCGGACAAACCUCGGCUCCCUCAGCCAGUAAAACGAGAUGAGUGCUGCAACCCCAGAGUUGUUUGCGACUGAACUUAACGGUCAGGGGUCCUUUACCUUUUUUACCUUAUAUCUCUUGAGUUUCUAACAAUGAUCAGUAGCGUAAUAAUGGAAUCAUUAUUAUGCCUAAUUUAGGGUUGCCAUAUUUCAAUAUUGCAAACUCGGACACAAAACUUGUUGAGCUUUUUUUGGGGGGGGGCAAAGAUGUUCAGACUCUUCCCCCUCAUCUAUACUUUUCCAGUGGCAAUUAGAGUUAGAGCAUGUUCAAGGCAGUGUUAGAAACUCAGAUAUAUAAGCUAAUCAUUUAUAUAUCUGAGGAAGAAGCCUACAAAGAAAUAGAAGUGCCGAAAGGGUCAGUGCUGGAUUUAUUUCUGAAUAUGUUUGCUAUUUCCUCAGUGAAGCUUUAUUUCCCUUAAAGAAAAGGAUAAUAUAAUCCACUCAGAGCAGAAGUACUUAGAUGGUUAAACAGUUGUAAUAAGCUUUCACUUACUUACAUCCAUGUUAUGAGAUCACAACCCAUUUGAAGACUUCCCUCCAUUUCUUUCUUUUUAAAAAGCGGGUUAUAUAUAACAUUCCUUACUGAACCUUCCUGUUACAUUCAGUGUGUUAUAAGCAACAGUGUUUUUUAAAAAUCUUUUUCCUGUUGCUGAACUUUAUCUUCUAGAAAUUAUCACCUGUGAUAACUUACUUCCUUUCUAGUUCUUGACAUGUGUUUUGUUUGAAAGGGCCAGUUUGUAGAGUUGCUGUGGAACUUAAUAUCUUAUGCUCAUAAUUCCAUAGUCGGUCUCCCUGGUCCUCGUCCUCUUCUUUUCAAAGGUGAGGCUAGGGAGAGGAGGAAACACAAAAGAUAUCACAUGGCAGUCUUUACAUAAAGGAAGCAGUUUAUGUGAAACUAGAGCUCUAGGUCUGAAGGCAUCUCUUAGGCACAUAAAUGAGCCUCUAGCAAGAUCAGCCUGCCUAUGAACAGAAAGAGGAAUCCAGUUUCAGCCUGUAAGCAAAUUGUUGACUUCUAUGGCUGAAGCUAGUACCCUCUAAAAAGCCCAGCUUUAAAAUCUACCUGAACUCAGGUGGAAACAGUCCAAAGGAAUGGAGGCUGAAAGUCUUCCCCCCCCCUUUUUUUAAAAGAAAUGAUUUUAAGAGACCCCAUAAGGGUCAGUGUAGGGUACCAGUUAGAGUGCUGGACUAGGACCUGUGAGACCAGGGUUCGAAUCCCUACACUGCCAUGAAGCUCACAGGGUGACCUUGGGCCAAUCACUGUCUCUCAGCCUAACUUACUUCACAGAGUUGUGGGGAUAAAAUGGGGAGGGGAGAACCACAUACACCACUUUGAGCCUCUUGGAGAAAAGGUGGAAUAUAAAUGCAAUAAAUAAAUAACACCUCCCAAAUUCCUGUCCUUACACUUUUAAUAGCCUUAUAAAUCAGUUUUUUUCUCAUCACAUUUCCCACAGCCAGACAAAGAUAAGAUGAACAUUUAAUAAGUAAUGCUUGCUAAUAGUAUUAUCACUAAUUAGUUCAAUGGCACAUUUUAACUGUACAAUAGUUGCUGCCAUCAUUACUACUACAGUGGUACCUCAGGUUACAUAUGCUUCAGGUUACAUACGCUUCAGGUUACAGACUCCACUAACCCAGAAAUAGUGCUUCAGGUUAAGAACUUUGCUUCAGGAUGAGAACAGAAAUCGUGCUCCAGUGGCGCGGCGGCAGCAGGAGGCCCCAUUAGUGGUGCUUCAGGUUAAGAACAGUUUCGGUUAAGAACGGACCUCCGGAACGAAUUAAGUACUUAACCCGAGGUACCACUGUACUUCUUUCUUUCUUCUUUGCCAAUCAGUCGUAGCCAAGUAAGAUUGUCUCCCAUGAACAUAGUGAGUCCGUAAGUGACUGUGGAGGCCAAUUCUGGAUCCACACGUCCUUCCACAGUGAGGACAUAGGUUUCCGGGUCGGAGUUGAUCAUGGUGAGGAUUUGCCAAAUGUGCCUUCCUCUUCGUUUGUUUCUCCCUUUCGUCCUGAGUUUGUGCUUCUCCAAAGUCCAUUACGCCUUUGGUCAAGGCCGUUCUCCAACUGGAGCGCUCACAGGCCAGUGAUUCCCAGUUGUCAGUGUUUUAUACUACAUACCGAAUUUAUCAGCUACUUUCUCCAGGUUUGAUGUACUUUUAAAACAUGGGUUUUAAAAAUGAGCAGCUGGAACUGCUUUAGAAAUGGUAACAAAAUUAUAAUUUUAAAGAAUACUUGUAGAAACAAGAUUUUCCCUUCCCUAUGAAAUAACGUUCCAUUGGGAGGCCAACAUGUCCAGGGCAGGUGGCAGGCUUCAGUCAUGUCCCAGCCCAUUUCUGUGGACAGAAAUGGCAAAGCCAUUAUGAGUGGAAUUAUUCACCCAAACUUUCAUUAUCUGGAAAUUAUAAAACAGGCCUUUAUAGCACUGACCAGCUAAGUCAAAUGUAAUCCUCAGACAGAUAUUGUAACCUGCCAGCAACUAGGCAGUCCCCCUGUUCUUACAUUACCUGUCAGGCAGCGAUACCCCAGCGGACUGUCACACAUAGCUGGUACUCAGCUUGGUGAGUUGCAAUCCACUUAAUGAGAGUCAUCAAAACGAACCUCUGAUAUAGUUCCUCUUCUUUGCAGAUCUGCAUAGAUCAGCUAAGAGGUGACUAUGUGUUUGUGGGGGGGGCAGGAGUGGCCACACCCACUUCUGACAUGUGACCACCGGAUGUUUGGUCAAGGAUUAAUGUGGCCCUUCGGCCAAAUAAGGUUCGCCUCCCCUGCUUUCCACUGUUGAUGGGAUUUUUAUCUCCUUACCUUCCCCCUGCACAAUUGUCUCUUUUUAAAGGAUUAUUUACAUAGGAUUUUUGUCUAUGCUAAUAUGCAGCCUGGCAACACUCCAGGUCUGUAGAGUAAAUGGUGGCCCUGCCCUAUCUAUAUUAAACAGCAGGUGCAGUCCAGGAAAAAGCAUGAUGGCGUUACAUGUGCAACUGCAUCCAGAGGAACUGCAUUUGUUGUAUUGGGACUGGAGAGACAUGGGUUAAAAUUCCCACACGGCCAUAAAUCUUACCAGGUGGCCUUGAAACAGUCUCUUAUCUCUCAACCGAAGAGAGUUAUUUUGAGGAGGAGGACAUGUGGGAGAGAAGCAUGGCAGCUGCCACAAAAAGGGCAUGGUGUAAAUGUAAUCAUUAGUUGUUAAGAGUGCAAGCGUUAAUAAAGUUUUUUCACCUCAUACAACCUGCAGUAAUAUUUAAUUUCAUAAUUUCACAUUUCUCUCAAAGUAUGUACACAUGGGAGUAGAUCGCUUUGCAUGCCGAAUGACAACCUUGAUUAUACAUUGUGCAAAAUUAAAUACAACUAAAUGGGGAGGAAGAAUCUCUCUUAAUCUUUCCCAAAGUUCUCAGGCUGCUAUUUGUCUGUCAACAAUUAUCAUCAUCAUCAUCAAACCUAUAUUGGCACCACAUACAAACAUUCAGAAUAAAUAGGCCAGUGCAAUCUCAUCGCCGUUUCAACAGUACAGUCAUUUGCCAAAGGGAAGAAGAGGCGAGCAAUCUAUUUCAUCUCUGUGGGUCUCCAGCAAGGGCAGGAUCCUGUAGCAUACUUCGGCAACAAAAAAUCAAAUAGAGGAACUUAGCUACUGUCUUGGUGAGCUCCUGGUAAUAAGAAGCAUAUAGCCUGUCUCUGGUUUCCAUGUUGGAAUACAUAGAUAGUUUAGAAAUUGUCAAGAAUUAUAUACUGAUGGUAGAAAUAUACAAAUGCCAUUUAGAGCAUUCAGAUCACCAAUCCUAGAGAAAGUCCUAGUACCAAGUUAUGUGUGUGUGAGAGAGAGACACUUGAGAGGUUAUUGUUCAUUUUCUUAUUCUGACUUUGAACUUUUUCUUUUCUUUUUACAGGUUUUCAGGCUCACAUUACAGGUGCUACUGAUCUCUAAAGACCAAGUAGGCUUCAGAACAGUUCACUAAAUCACGAUGCCUUUCAAAGCAGGCCUAGAAUUAACUGAGAUGCAGAAUAUGACAGUUCCUGAGGAUGAUAACAUCAGCAAUGACUCCAAUGAUUUCACAGAAGUAGAAAAUGGCCAGAUGAAUAGGUGAGUAGUUUUCCACUGCCCCAGAUUUACCAUGUGAAAACACGCUGUUUAAAAACAGUGUUUCUGACUUGAAACACAGCUCAUGAAUGAUUCAUUACUGAGUCAUGUUCCAUUUGAGAAUGUGAUUUGAAUUUCAUACCCAGCCUCUGUUGGGCAUUGGCAGUAAAAACAUAGUGUACCAAUUUAUUCAACCUUUAAAUUUUGGCAUAUUUAAUACAAAUGUAUUUGUAUUUGUAACCAACCAACCCCACAACUCAGCCUGGUCAUCCAAAGCACAGCACAAAGGAAAAAGAAAAAGCAACAACAUUCAACAUUUGGGAUUAGCAUUACACACUAUCUUAGAUGUCUCUGGGUCUUUGACUACUUUUCAGUAGCCAAAAUAGUGGUCAAAUUGGUUCCAAACUAAAACAUGGUUCAGAUGAUCCAUUUUUCUUAGGUUUGGGGCAUAUGUAAAAGAGUAAACUUCCGUGUUGUGCAGGAUUUUUCAUUAAUUUGGUUUACACUGAGAUUUGGGCAUCUUCAAGCAAGAUUAUUUAUUACUGCAUAUCAUUGCAUAUUGCACCAAGCACCAGUUUUUCUGCUGCUGAACUUGGUGCAGCAUGCAUUCUUAAAUGAACGUGCUUGAAAGUCCAAAAAUCUCAUGUAGGCCAACUUGAUGGAAGAAUGCUACAUCAAGGAUAACCCACCUGCUUUCGACAGCACACUGUACCAUCUCUUGUUCUAAAGCAAAAUUACUUGGACUCCGUAUACAUGUUCACGAAGACCAUGCAAAAUAUCCUGGGACUGUGCCUCUUCAGAACAUGGGUGAGAGGGUUGCUUAAUUCAUAGCACUGGUUUUGUCUUUUAAAGCCCUUCACAGCUUUGGACCAAGUUAUAAAGAACCUCCUGUCUUGGUACGUGCCUACCUGUACAUUAAGAACUUCAGUGGAUCAUUCCCCCCACCCCCAUCAUUUUAGGUGUGGUGAGUAGUUACCGUGGAGAGGACCCUCUUACUUGUGGAGUGCUCUCCCCAGAGAUGUUUGCCUGACUCCCAUUUUACUGCCCUUUUAGUGCCAGCCAGGCAAAUAUGCUUCUAAUUUCCCCAAGCUUUUUAGAUACAGUUUCAAUCCUACUGCCUGUUUGAUGCUGUUUUUGCAACAUUGUGGCCUUUAGCUUAAUUGCGUAUGCAUAUUUUGUAUGUACAUUUUAAUUGUUCCAGUAUUUUUGUAAACCAGGCUGCAAAUAAGACUGAACCCUAACCCUACCACUGACAAAAGAAGAAGCAGCUCAGCUCACAGAAAACUAGCAUAUGAGAAAGAAAGGUUGUAGACGAGGCUUCUCUUAGCUGGGCUAGUGUUGUUUUCUUUGCACUGUAUAGCCUGUGUGUGUUUACAUAUACAGACAUACACAAAGGGUAGAGCAUUCAGCAUGUAUUUCUCCACCUGCAUUCUGAAGUGCUACAGUCCCAGGAGGUCUUGAGCUGUUUAUUACGUUUGAGGCAAGCAGACUGAGAGCUAAAUAGGUCAAAUGCUUCUCAGGUCCAUUUUGAGUCAGGAUAAAAGCUCUGUUUUCAAUAUACACACAUACAUUUUUACCAUGCCUUGCUGUUUUAAUGGCUUGAUUAACUGUUACAAAUGUUGCUAGCUUAUUCUAGCAAAUAAGAAAGAAAGAAACGCUUUGCUUACUGUUGUAACCUCAGAUCUCAAAUGUGCACCUAAUAUAAGCUGUGUGAAUGCAGUAUCUUUGCUAAAUUGCUUUAGAGGGAGAAAUGUAGAAUAAGAAAUCAAAAUGUAUCAAAUUUUAUGAAAUGCCAUUUUUAAGCAAUCUGAAGAAUGCAAUAUUUUUAACUGUAAUGUUUUCAUUAGUUCAAGUUGCUUGUUCAUAUAUUUUCUGGCCCUAAUCCAGCAAAAGUUCGUUAUAACUGAGGCUGCAAUCCUAUGCACACUUCCCUGGGAGUAAGGCUGAUUAAACACAGUGGACUGAUUGCUUCUGAGUAGCUAUGUACAGGAACGUAACUUCCAUAGACUGUUUGAUGAAGGAAUAACCCUAUAAGUUUUAUUGAAACUAAUGGAAGAAGUUAGCUGUGACUAAUUAAAGCUCCAUUGUUUUCAGAUUUAAUUGCAUGGAGGCCAUGGUGUUUAAUAUGGGCCAGUUAAACUUGUCAUACAUGCAUAUCUACCGUAUAUACUCGAGUAUAAGCCGACUUUUUCAGCAUAUUUUUUAGGCUGAAAAAGCCCCCCUCGGCUUAUACUCAAGUGAGGUGGGCAGCGGUGGAGGGACAAGCAGAGAGAAAGGAGCCCUUUCUCGCCGCUGGUCCUGCCACCCGCCUCUCACAAGGGCAGGCACUGGAGCAGUGGUUAGGAGAGGCAUAGUGGGCACCUUGGAGGCUGAGAUGCACCUCAGGGUCAGCGGGAAGGGUUUGCUUUUGGCUCCCUUGGCUGCAAGCCCUGGGCUGCAUCUUUCUUGCCAUGUGGGCACCUCCCCUCCUGCGAGAAGUGAAUUCAAUUCUCCCACCUUUGAGGGAGCUUGAACUGAAGCCCUUUGAUAUGUGUAUAUCAAAUGUUUUCAGACCAAAGGCUGGGUGAACCAGUGGGGUAGAGAGGUCCUUUUGGGGAGGGGGGAAGCACCUGUGUUCUGUUGUCAUCGCUGCUGGAAACGUCGGGUAAGAUAGCACCAGCAUCCCCUUUAUCCAUUGAGAAGAGGUUUCCUCAGCUUAUAUUUGGGUCAGCUUAUACUCAAGUAUAUACUGUGCUUAGAGAUAAGUCCUGCUGAGCUUAGUGCACAUAGAAUUGCAGCCUUUAAGUCCCAACUAAUUUCAGUAGAGAAGUGAAACUUGUGCUUCACAUUCUUCCAUUGAAAUAAAUGGAGCUUAUAUGUCCUUGCUUUUGGUUUUUCUGUUCUCAAGGACUGGAUCCAGAUUUGACCAUGCUUAGAGUAGAUCCAUAAAAUCAAUGAGACUUGAGUUAGUAAAUCCCAUGUACUUAGCUGGAUCAAACGCCAAAUAUGUAUGGCAUGAGCAACAUAAAUCCUGGUGGCAAGCACCCUAACAUUACAGAAAUAUAUUCAGUAUAAAAGUAUAAAUAAAAUUUAAAAAUAAUGAAAAACAAGAUUUACAGUGCAGUCCACAAAUGUAUUUUUAAUGCCUAUAACUGGAUCACACUGAAAUCCCAUCUCAUCCAGCAUUUGAUUUCCAGCUGUAGCUAGCCUUGGUUCACAAGCACAAUGAAUCGCAUUAGCAAGCAGGCGAACAUGGAGUUCAUGGCCUAUCCUGAGGGUUUGUUCCGUCCAUGUUUGCCCUCCUUAUGGUCUUUUUGCAAGCAUCUGACUGGCCACUCUGGUGAAACAGGAUGCUGGCCUUGAUAGACCUUUGGUAAUACCACCUUUUAAAAUGGAGGGUCUGUUCAGCUAUAUGGCUAAGGGCAUUCAGUAGAGCUGUCCUCUGUGAAUUAGUGUAAAAGCAGUGGUGCCCUCAGGGUAGGACCUCAGGGCAGAUGCCUGGGGUGUCAUUCAGCAAAUUGAGCAAGAAGACCCCCAAACAGAGCAGGGCUGGGUUGCUGCAUUAUCAAAAAGCCACUAUUCAAAGAGAGAAGCCCCCAUAAGACAAUUGAAGCCAGAAUCUAAAAUUACCCAGCAGAUUACUGUUUUAAUAGUUUUUAAAUCCCUGCAACAACCUAAACUAGUCUUCCUUCCUUAUGGCAGUUUAUAGGAGAGCUGAAUCCGGCUCUGUACGUAUAUACUUCCCAGACUUAAUCAUUCAUGCCUAUCCCUUUUUGUGUGUGUUUUCUUUUCUGUGUGUACCAAUCCAUGCUGUUAUCUAUAUGAUUCAUUUCCUUAUGGCCCAACCUUCUUGUACAACUGGGUUCUAGGUAGCUUAAUUAAAAACAAUACACACCAACUCCAUAACAGCUGCAGCUCAAUAAUAGCACUAACGUAUGUUCCUCCUGUGUAUGCUGUAAUGCUAAAGAAAAUCCUGUUUGUUCUUUUUCAGUAAAUUUAUUUCAGACCGCGAGAGCAGAAGAAGUCUAACCAACAGCCACUUGGAAAAGAAGAAAUGUGAUGAAUAUGUAGGUUACCCUCCUUGCCCUCCUUGCACAAAGAGCCAGCCUGAUGCCCUCCAAAAGCUGUUGGACUACAACUCCCAUAAUCCUCGAGCACCCGCCAUUCUAUCUGGGGCUGUUGGGAGAUGAGUCUAGCAACAUCUGGAGGGAACCAUGUCUGCUACCCCUGUCCUACACACAGGGGUGCUCACAGAUCUCCUUUGCAAACAAGAGGCUUGCUGUUCACAUCAGUUUGUGGAACAGCUCACCCACAUUUUAUUUAUUACAUCAAUAUUCUCCCUUCUAAAGAGCUUAAGGCAGUGUGUGCAAUUCUCCCCAACCUCGAAUGUCAUCCUCAUAACAACCCUGUGAGGUAGGUUAACCUAAAAGAUAUUGAGUAACCCAAGAUCACCCAGUUAGCUUCAUGUGGCUAAGUCAGGGCUUGAACCCGGGUCUUCAUGUUCCUAGUCCAAACAUUUUACUACUACACCACACCAAACUCUUUUGAGUUCCACUGAUGUGAAUGAUUAAGCUCCUUGCUAGAAGAGGUCUCUGUAAGUACAGAGUUCUCUUGUCCUGGAGGAAGGGCUGUGUGGGACGUCACCACCCAUCUCUCCACUGGCAGGAAGUCAGACUUUCAUGAGGGUAUACCUGGUGGGCAGAGCAGCCCCUUCACCAGCUCAGCUUCCUGUGAGCUCCACUGUAUGUUGCUCUUGAUGGCAGCUCCAGGCAGGAACACCAUUUAGGAAGGCAUUUUCCUUUGUCUUCAUUUGUUUGUCUUUCCUGGAUCCUCUUUUCUCUCCCCCAUCUGCUGCUUUUUCGUUUCCUUCUGGCUCCAUAGACCUCUCCUUUCCCUUCGCCCAGCAUCCAUUUUCUUUUGGCUUUUGGGGCCUACAGCCCUUGGAAGCCUCUGGACAUCCCGGAGGGGGAGAGCUUUGGAAAGGGGUGGAACAUGGCAGAUGGGGCUUUGCCCAGGAGGAGGUCCAACAGGCCAACGAGCAAUCCCAGGCAGUAGGCAAUGCCUCUUAAGGCCUUUCCUGAGCAUAAGCCUCCCCAAGAGAGUUUUCCCUUUUCUAGAAGAGUUCAGUUAGAACAUCUUGCACGAAUGGCAGGUUCCUGGGGCCUCAGUGUGAAAUUACGGGUGAUAUUCAGUCUAUUUGAUUUCAAUGCAUCUACUGAAUGUAUGACUUGGUUGGGUAUCAUCCUAUGUUCUCUCGGUUACUUUCGUGGCUUUUCAGUUACUAAUAAUUCACCUCUUGCCACUGUACCCAAGUGGGCAAAUAAUCAAAUUAUCUGACUGAAGGGAAAGGGUCGGGAUGAGAAAGUAUAUUCAGAAAAAAAGCAUAGGAUGCUUUUCAAAUAUGCUGCAAACCAUAGGAAGCUUUAUUCUUUUCUUUUAAUUCAACCUGUACAGAUUCCAGGCACGACUUCAUUGGGAAUGUCUGUCUUCAAUCUCAGCAAUGCCAUUAUGGGCAGUGGAAUAUUAGGUCUUGCCUUUGCGUUGGCCAACACAGGAAUCCUGCUCUUUACGUAAGUCAUCAACAUGCAAAAGGCCUUGGGUAAAUUUUCACUUUGACACAGACAUCAGUUUGGAGUGAGUGUUAAUGUUCAUACUCCAUUUGUAUGCUGUUUUAAUAAAUGAAAUAAGCUGUUAAAAACCAAGUGUGCAAUUCACAUACAACUUAAAAGGCAGCUGUUUAACAUUCAGGUAGCCCAACACACUGGUGUCUAGUUUCUUCCUUUUCACCUUCAGAUUUAUUUCUGUAGGAGUAAGGCAGAAGAUUGCAUAGAAUCCCAAGCAACGGCACUUUUUCCUAAGGCUAAAGCAUCUCUCAGAGAACAAAUGCACUAUUAAAUGGCAUUAUUCUUAUCUGAUUUCUGGGGGUGAUGUUCAACUAAGUUUUACUCAGACAGACCUAUAAAAAUUAAUGGCACUGACAUUUUCAUUAAUAUCAAUGGAUCUACUCUUGAGUUACCUAUCCUUAUGAAAUUGUGUUUAGGUGAUCAUAUAUUAAAAUCACAGCAUUGAAAACUAGCACAUUUCAGAGAAAUAGUUCUCAUUCUGAGCCAGCAAAAUUAUACCCCAUAAUAAUAUUUUGAAUUAAAACAUGUAGUAGGUUAGUGCAAAAAUGCUUUAAUGCUAUGAACAACAGAGGCUUCAAUUCCUAGCAUACUUUCUUGAAAGCAAGUCCCAUUGGAUCCAGUGGGUUAGACUCAACCUGCAAGUGUUAUUUGUGGUGGGUUCUACAUUUAAGGUUCUCCAUGAGAAACAUCAGGUUCCUGAAUUAAGUGCCUUUAGACAUUUCUUAAACAUUGUAAAUAAUAGGAUUUUAUCUUUGUUCAGUAUCUAUUAAUCUGUACUAGAAGAGUUUGGAUUUUGGAUUUGAUAUCCCGCUUUAUCACUACCCGAAGUAGUCUCAAAGUGGCUAACAUUCUCCUUUACCUUCCUCCCCCACAACAAACACUCUGUGAGGUGAGUGGGGCUGAGAGACUUCAGAGAAGUGUGACUAGCCCAAGGUCACCCAGCAGCUGCAUGUGGAGGAGCGGAGACACGAACCCGGUUCACCAGAUUACGAGUCUACCGCUCUUAACCACUACACCACGCUGGCUCUCAUACUAGACUCUCUAUACUAGACUUUGACCUAUACCUAGGGAUGUGCAGCAGAUUCAAACAAAUCCCAAGCUGAAGUGGGAUGCCUCUGAGGAAUUCUGAGCUUGUCUGAGGUGAACUGGGAUAAAAGUUGUCUAGAGUUGAAGCACAGUUUCCAACCCCUCAAAAAAUCCAACAAACAUUGGUGAUUUGCAAGCCCAAAAAAAGGAUUUAAAGAAGUGAAACUCAUGAUUAUGAGCUUACUACAGGCAUAGGCAAACUUGGCCCUCCAGAUGUUUUGGGACUACAACUCCCAUCACCCCAAGCUAACAGGACCAGUGGCCAGGGAUGGUGGGGAUUGUAGUCUCAAAACAUCUGGAGGGCCAAUGUUUGCCUAUGCCUGGCUUACUAUAUAAGGAAAAUACUUGGGGAGGGAUGGGUGGAGCAAUGCAAGGGUGGGGAGAGGGAGAAGGUGGUGCUUUGUCAUGACUGAUAGGUCAAGCUUGUAAUCAGAGGGAAUUGUUUUUCCCAGACUCUUCCAUACCAGUGCUCCCUACCUCUACCCUUAAAUCAACUUUCAAGGUGCUUAGCACAAAAAUCACUGGACCAAUCUGUCGCAAUUUGGCACUCCUUUCUCUCUUCUGGCUGCAAUUUUCCAACCAGUUGCCCACAAAACACUAGAGGAGAUUAAAUUAAUACAUUUUCUUUUUUUUACACCCCCAAAGCUGUAAGGCUGUCCUUGUGGAAAAACCGCUGCUGCUGCUGUCCCAGUAUUUGGCAGGAUGCAUCUCUUCAUAAUGGACUACUAUGCAAAUUUCAUUCAAUUCUGCCAGAGAGGGUGGGGAAAACAUUAUAGCCAUUUUAACAUUUCCCAAUAAUGAAUGCUUAUUAGAUGCAUUUUGGAAAUCCAUCCAUAAUGUUUGCCUUUGGUCAUUGGUAGGUCCCAACUCAUCAUUUGAGAAUUCUUAUCCAGAGCAAAAAUAUAUUCCCUCCAUAUAAGUUCCAGUAUCUUAGCGGCAUCUGAAGGAGCAAACCUGAAAAGUUUUAAUUGCAUAUAGGAGUGAAUUACUUAAGCUUUAAGUAAGACUUUAGGUGUUAGAAACACGGGUUCUUUCAAUCUUCCAGAAGUGCCAAAGAGAUUAAAGGAACAUUGCAGUAACUUCACAGUCUAAAAAAAACACACCUUUGUGAAGCACAGUUUUACAGCUUCCCUGAAAAAGAUGUCUCUUGUAAACAAGACAGAUUUUAUUGAUUAAAGAUGGAGCCGUGCCCACCCUCGAAAAACAUAAAAAUAGUUUCCGCUCCAGAGACAUGUUUUAUAUAUAUAUUUUAAUAAAGUUUGAUUUUUGAAAAGUAGUUUAGAACAUCCUAUUAAUAUGACCAUAGAGAAGAAACCAGACUGUGGUUGAAAUCCUGUGUACAUUUUCUUGGGAAUAAAUCCUCUUGAAUACAGUGGGGCUUACUUCUGAGUAAAUAUGCAUAUUGUAUUGUGUGGGCAGAUUACAGAGAGAAGGAGCCUUGGGCAAGCCUUGUUGAAAUGAAUGUGAACCAGAUUAAAAUUAAUAGUUUAUUUCAUGGGCAGGAGAGCUUCUACCUGAAAGGCACCCUUUGCCACUACAUUGUUUUUAAAAAAUAAAUUCCAGUACUACACUGGAGAAAUUCAAGAAAUUCAGUAUGUGCUACUCAGUACCCGGAGUCAUUGUUGAGUAUCUAAUAUUUGUUACAAAGGAACCACAAACUGCUUCGCACUCAAGGAUGUUAGGGGGUUUUUUAACACUGUAACCCAAAAAACCAAACAACACCAAAUCUUUGUUUCCAAGGGAAGCUGUGGCUACAUUGCAGUGUAUCAAAAGCUGGGUUACUAGAGCUACAGCUGUUGGAAUGAAGCUUUUUAAAAAACUGAGCUCAAGAAUCUACCCAGAAUAUUCAAGGUGAUUCACACAUUUCCAGAUCACAUAGGGAGUGAAAGAAUGAAUUGGUUUGGCGGGUGGGGCAGUCAAUGAGGUUGUCCAGAGAUAGCAAAAUAUCCAGCCCUGAACCUGUUCAAUAGAAAGAGGAACUCUUUCCUGCCAACACCCCCCAAAGUUAAUGAAAGCAGCCAAGGAGAGUCUUCAGAUGUGUUUUCUGCUCUGAAGAAAUGUAAUGUUUGUGCUGACUGUCCUUCGUGGUACCUGAAGCUCUUUUCGGUGGUUGGUCAUGGGGGCGUAGGGUGGGGUAAAGCCAAGCGCCCCCACCCCCAUGCAUUCAGGAGCAUCUCUCCUGGCUGGGGUGAAACUCUAGUAAAAGCUUCCCAGCAGGAGCAUCACUGCCAGUUGCUGGGAUGGGGAGGGUUGAGGCUGUGUGGGCACCCUGGUGGCAGUGCUAGGCUGGCUCUACCAGUGCCCCUAUGCAGCCCCAAGUUCACCACUGCCUCAUCCUUCCCAGUGGGUGACAGCAGUGCUAUGGGAAGUCCUACUGCCCUCCCAUUUAACUACCUCUCUGUUCCUUUUUCCCUGUUGCCACACUUCCUUGAAAACAGCUUGGCUUGCAGGAGAGAGGGGUGAGUUAAGGGGCAGAGAGAGGACUCCUUCCAUUCUCUUCCUCUUGUUUUCUCAUCCUUUCUGCCUGAGGCUAUUUGGAUGAGAGGAAAGGGAGAGAUUGUGAGGAAAAAGGAGAGGGAAGGGUCCUUCUUUGCCUUGUGCGCACUCUCCCCCCCCCCCAUUUUUUCAGCCCCCAAGCUAUACAAAAGCAAACGUAAGGAUAGGUCUAGCAAGUCAUGCUACGUUUUUCAUGUAACAAAUAUUUAGCAAGCCAAGAGCAAUUCGACCACAGGAAAUCACCCUGUGGAACAGACAGCUGCAGGUGACUCACACAAAUGAGCAACACUGCUUUUGAGGGCGAGGAGCUAGUAGCCAGCCUGCUCUCGGACGAAAGACCAUUUCAACCUCAAGAACAGGGCUCAGAUAGAUGAUGAGGUAAAGGCCUUCACUCGCGAUUAGGCAAAAACCACAUUUCAUUUGUAGCCCAGUAUUCUGAGAAAUGGUGGGAGGGAAGUGAGAAUAACUUUAGUAUUUACCCAGUUUAACAAUAAGAAAAUGACCAAAAGCUGCUGACUGGCCAAAAAAAGAAAACUCUGGCCUUCUCUUGGACCUGUAAGCAGCAAACAGACCCAGAGCAGGACUGUUGCUAUCACAUGUCAGCAGCAGGGCUGGCUCAGGAUCCAGCCCCAUUUCAGGAGUUUCCCUUCUGACAGUAGAGCUUCUCUGCUAGCCAACAGGAGGGUCCAAGGAACAACUACGCUCUAUCCAGAUCCAUAGCUGUCAACGUUUCCCUUUUUUAAAGGGAAAUUCCCUUAUUCCAAAUAGGAUUCCUCGCAAGAAAAGGGAAAAGUUGACAGCUAUGUCCAGAUCCCUUCCAGCAUAGCUGAUUGGCAGUUUGAAUUGCCCUGUUACACAGAAUGGAGAGAUAUCUCUAUGCAUCAAGCAGACGUGAAAUUUACAGCAACAGUGGUCAGUGGAAAUGAUGGAAACCCAGUGCUUUUUUUCUAAAAAAAUGUUUAGGGGUACUCUCAUUUUCCUACUCAUAUUCAAAUACUGCCCCUCAAUGAGGCCAAACUUAGAUUCACAAAAUGUUUAGGGGUAUGUGUACCCCUGCGCCGCGCCCCUGAAAAAAAGCACUGUGGAAACCCUAAUGUGUGCUCCAGCACAAAAGAGCACAAGAAGGGUUUUUAAAAGGUUAAGACAACACUAAAUGGCUUUGAACCUGACACAGUCAUUUUCCUGUUCUCCUCAAGUUACCUCAGAAUGUGAUGAAUGCAACCUUAAAUCUCCACCCUCCCUCACACCUACAGCCCAUUCUUAUCUGUUCUCACUAAUAGGUACAAUGCCAUCUAACACUUAACAGGGUAAGAAGCAGCACCUUUGCGUUGCUAGCAGGAAGUAAGAGCUUUGUACACAUUUAAUAUCCCUCAGAAUCGGGUGAAGAACAUUUUUCUAACUUCAGUACAUUGAUGCUAAAAACGCUGAAACUGUUUGAGGGAAGCCUUGUGUGUUGUGAACCAGUUAAACGGCAUUAUCACUUGCACACUUUUUUCUUUUCCAUUUGUGGAAUAAAUAGACAACAAUCAACUAAAGAGAAUGCUCUGUAUGUAUUUACAGAUGUAUUUGCCACAAAAUUAGUUCUGCGGAUUUAUUUUUUUUAACAGUGGUUUUUGACAAGUAUGCUUUUGUUAGCCCUGGUUCAACAUAUGAAACAUGAGAGCUCUUUGGGUGCUGCAGAGUUUUCUCAGCUCCGCGGUGCAUGUUUUGAAUUUGCAGAAAGCCGGCGCUGUUCAUGUUUUCAUACCAUUCCCCGGGUUGGUACUGGCAGUAGUCAGCCUGUCUCAACCACAACCCAUACAGCAAACAAUCGGUUCAUGCUGUUUUAUUGGAAGUCGUGGAAAAUACCAAGUUUAUGCAUAGCAACCUGCAGCAGAUUUUGAGGGCAAGGAAGGACAGCAGAUUAGAAUAUUGUUCCCUGUUCCCCUUUUUACUUGCAAAGACCAUCCUGGGCUUGCCAUGGGGAGCUCAAGACUAGACACCGCAUUACUGUUUUGCAGAAACUACGACUCAGGGCUCUUGAAUAAACAUCUGUGACUAAGCACGAGUCACCAGAGACUUCUUCCUAUCCAAUUCAAACACUGGCCACAGCUACUGAUGGCUUGAACAGAAACAUGAUUAGUAGCAGUUCUUAUUAGCUUAUUUAAAGAACUGCUCAGCCAUUAGGUAAUGUGCUGAAAACUCAGGAAGGACCGUAUCAUGGCUUGGGUUCCCCCAGCCCCCGCAAAGUACAACUUCUUGCAGUUUAGAGAUCCAGUACUAACGUAUUAUGCUAACCUAUGGUUCACCGUUACACGCAUGAGCUUCAGGGUUCACAUGCUCCCCACCAAGACAUUUGUUCAUAUAGCACAGCCACAGAGAGGAGAUCAGAAGCUUUUGCUUCAAUGAACAGUGGCUAUUUGUUGUGUCUGAACCCAGACAAGCAUUAGUUAAGUAAGGUUUAGGGUAACCAUGGUUUAUAAUGCUGUUUCUCUAAACCAGGCUUCCUCAACCUCGGCCCUCCAGAUGUUUUUGGCCUACAACUCCCAUGAUCCCUAGCUAGCAGGACCAGUGGUCAGGGAUGAUGGAAAUUGUACUCUCAAAACAUCUGGAGGGCUGAGGUUGAGGAAGCCUGCUCUAAACUGUGGUUAACACUAACCACAGUUCUUAGUUUGGAUGGGGGGAGGAAUACCUACAUUCAUUUAUUCAUAAAAGGUAAAGGGACCCCUGACCAUUAGGUCCACUCGUGACCGACUCUGGUGUUGAGCGCUCAUCUCGCUCUAUAGGCCGAGGGAGCUGGCAUUUGUCCGCAUACAGCUUCUGGGUCAUGUGGCCAGCAUGACUAAGCCGCUUCUGGCGAACCAGAGCAGCACACGGCAACGCCGUUUACCUUCCCGCCGGAGCGGUCCCUAUUUAUCUACUUGCACAUGACGUGCUUUCGAACUGCUAGGUUGGCAGGAGCAUUUAUUCAUAGGCCUCUUCAAAACCAAUAAAUAUGCAAAUCAAUACAAUGAAAUACAAUUAAAGAUACAAAUCACAAGCUCAAGUGUAAAACUGGGUAGACAUGUGGAGAUAAAGUAGAGGCUAGUCUGGGAAUGGAAGUGAACAUUUCCAAUUUCAUCCUCCCAGCUGCUCCAGUGGAGGGAAGGGGAAGGAGGAGUAUGAAAGCCUGAGGCUUACCUAGGCUUGUUUCUGAUAUACUAAACCUUGCUUUAGCAUUAUAUCUGAACACAACCAUUAUCUGCUACUAGAAUCGAUUUUGCUAAUGGGAGAGGAUGUUUUCUUUCUUAGAGAAAUUCCGCAGGAAUGAUGCUUAUCCAAAGUGGCCAUACAAAGUGGUCUAACAACAUCUGACAGAUGUGCCAGGGACAUUAUUCAUUUCCUUGCUUGAAUACAAAGGACAAUAGUCUGAAUGGAAAUCACUACAAGAGCAUAUAACUCCCAGCUGUGUCAUAUAUUUAAACAUUUUCUUAAUAGGACUCUUGUCUAUUCAGACUAAUUUAUCUUGGUGGCUUGCAUCAAGGUACUAAAUAUAGCUGCAUUUGUAACUAACCACCACACAGUUUUCAUACCAUAUUCAUUUGAAGAGCUUUACACUGCUUGUUCCAAUUUAUGGUACUAAUUUAUUGAGUGAGACAAUUUGGAGAGUCUGGUUUGGGGCAUCUGCUGUAGCAUUAGCCAACACAUGAGCAAUGCCGUCUGUACCCAGGCCUUAAUAAAAGGAGGCCCAACUUUGGCUCAUACCAUAAUACUUGCAAGACACAAAAGAGCUCUUAGAAACUAUAGCUUCCAUUAUAUACCCCACACUUCAGUUGCAUACAAAAUAUGGGAGGUGAUUUUCCCUAUGUAUAUAAAAAUGUACAAAGCUUCUCUUGCCAUAUCACAGCUGUUAUUAAAUUAUUAUAUUUAUAAGGCCCCUUUCAACACACAAAAACGAACUCAGAGUGACUUGCAGAAACAAACAUGAAAAACAAAUAUAAAAACCAGAACAAAAACAUAUUAAGCCACAAUAAUAUGCAUAAAAGAGCAAACCCAACUCAACACCACCUCACCCAAAAUAGGCAGAGAAUUAAAUGCCAAUGGCCAAGUGAAUAAAAAUGUUUUUCCUUGUGCCUUAAAGGGAAGGUGCCAGGUGGUUCUCCCUGUGGAUAGCAUUCCACAGCUUUCCUAGGGGGCCUAGUUUAGGCAACACACCACCAUUCAUUAUACGGUUAGAGAGUUUUGCCAAAACAGUAGCCCUUAAUUGAAAAUUAAAUUUGAAAGUUCUGGUGGCAGUGUAGCUUAGCUAUUGACUUUCCAAUUAACGCAAGGCUAUCCUGUUCUGAGGGCUAAACUGGGGGUCAGAAAAUAUCAUAAUUAUUCUGGUAUUAAAAUUCCCCAAUAAAUCCAUAUGGGGCUCUGGGUUACACAAGGAUGGACAAACGGACAGACAGCACUUCCCAAUUCACCCCACACUUCAGGCACAAAAUUUUGUGACGAAAUUUCUGUAAGCACAAAGGCAGCCAUUAUCCUACUGCUAUGACCACCACUACAUCUCCUCCCACCUCCUUUUGGGGGGGGUGGAGGGGGGGUGACAACACACUACACAGGGUUUGUAACUCUAAAUAUAUUCUGCUUGGAUCAUGCAGCCAAAUUUGCUGGAGACAAAUAACCUAAAACUGAUGGAGAUACACUAUAAAAUCUUUGUCAGCCAAUUAGUUUAGCCACUCAGCAAUACUCUAAAUAAGCAAUUUAAUUGGUUUUAUACUAUACUUCAAGUCAACAACAUUCCUUUCUCAGAUAGUUUGCUGAUGUAAACAGUGAUUUAACAGGGCAACUGCAUAUCCCAUGAGUGCUCUGCUUUAUGAACUUCUGCAUAGGCUCUUGCAGGAAUGGGGAUAACAUUUGGAAAGGGUAAAAUAAUUUUCCGCCCCAGGCCUUUGAUCACUCCACAGGAAGAUGAAUGGCCUGUGAUUUAGAGCUCUGAGUUCGUCUAAACCAGGCAUAGGCAAACUCGGCCCUCCAUAUGUUUUGGGACUACAAUUCCCAUCAUCCCUGGCCACUGGUCCUGUCAGCUAGGGAUGAUGGGAGUUGUAGUCCCAAAACAUAUGGAGGGCCCAGUUUGGGGAUGCCUGUUCUAAGCUAUCAAUUUUUACAGGAAAUAUCUUAACAUCCAUUCUGCUAAUUAAGAAGUCAGCAGUAUUAAUUAUUUUGCCUCUUAACUCUGGUUAACUCACUUUUUCAACACUUUAAUGACAGAAUCAGAAGAAUGACAGUAUCAAAUAAACUUCUAGAAUGGACAGGUGUUUUUUUUAAUUGCAUAUGUGAAUUGGCAAACAAAAAACAAGCAGGAAACCCAUGACGCUCAGGGAUAUGUAUGACGUCUGCUAUGAGCCUGUGAGGUCUCUCUGGCUCCCUCAGAAUCACUGAAGGUGCUUCCAGACAGAGGUUGAUUGUCAAGUCAGUGUUGCUCAUCCGCAUAAAAUUUUGUGCUCUCCACGCAACAUCACUGCCUUCAAAAUGCCAGUCCAUGCAUUUUUACAUUUUACCUUUCCUCUUACCAUGCAAUAUCUGUUAAGUAAUAGCAACCCAUUAUACAUUUGCAAGCACCACUGGCAUGGAAGCCUACUAGCACUGCAGCCUGUGCUGUGAUGAUAUUUAAAUGGGUGGUAUCUUUCCCCAUAUCUCUACUUCCAUUUGCUUGUCACCUGAGCACUACCGAGUCAUUUUGUUUCCAGUGGCUGAAACAAUAUUUCUACUACUGUUUCAAAUUCAGUGCCGUACAGGACCUGGCUUAUUAUAUAACGAUGAUAUAUUUUUCUUUCUUAUUUCCUUUUUUUAUAGGUUGCUUUUGAUUUCAGUGACGUUGCUGUCUAUUUAUUCAAUAAACCUCCUGUUGUUGUGUGCAAAGGAAACAGGUAAUUCAUAAGAACGUUGUACAAUUCAAUAGCAAUGAAGGUGAUGGGGUGAAGUAUAUGGAGAAUAAAAUAAAUGUUUUUGUGCCCCCCCACAUCAGUGCUAUUAUAGUGUGGGGGGGGGACUUUAGUAGUGGUCCUGAAUACAAUAGAAAACAUUAAAUGCACUUUACUUCACCAGAGAAAUUGAAGCCUUGCAGAAGUGUAUCAAAGGAAGCGAUAAUCGAGCCUUCUAUUCAUGAAGGCAGAAACAGACUCAGGUGAGACUGUAGGAAACAGAGCAGAACCAGUUCUUGAUGGAUUGCAUUUUCUGCCUCAAACUCCCCAUCUUGUGCUUUAACAAAGUACCAGAAGAUGGAGGGUAUAAAGACACAGGGUAAAUGACAACAGUGCAUAAAGGAAGUGCAUGUAGUCUCUCGAUUUCCUAAGCUAGAUAAAGGAAUAUUCCUACUGCUGGUGCCAUGUCAACUUAAAGUGUUCUUAUGUAUUGGCUAACCCUAAAGAAAUGUAUCCUUGGUCUGACUGCAGAUCCUUCAGCAUGUCAAAGGAAGCGAACAUUGUUGGAAACAGGAAGGUUCUCUAAUUUUCUGUACAGUGUGUUUCUGAACAGCACCCGUUAGGGAUCAACAACACGAAAGGGUUGUUUCCUUAAUGCCCUGCUUGUGAACUUCCGGGGGCAUCUGGUUGGUCACUGUAUGAAACAGGAUUCUAGACCAGAUGAACCACUGAUCAGAUCCAGCAGAGCUCUUCAAAUGUUCGGUGGUUUAUUGUGCCCCAAGAAUUGUCUUGUAUCAUGUUUUUCUUUUUAACUUUUCACCCUUUUUAAUAUUUUCUUCUCAGAUUGUAAGAUUAUAUCCAAAAAUUAAUUUUUAAAGAAAGAAUUUGAAGUGAAAUAAAAAGUUUGGUGGUUAUACUCUGAGAGGUCAUAGAGCUCAGUCUGCCUAGUUACAUGACCGGGCAAAAAAAAUAAAAAAUGAUGAUGAUGCAAAUGCUAUGAUUGGGCUUUACAGUGCUUCGUGUUCCACUUGUUCCUAGAACUCUCGAUAUUCAAUUUCCUGCUGUUUCAGAUAUGUACAUUUGCCCAAACAUAUUCAGGUUAAAGGAGCUUACUGAAGUGUUUGAACAGAAGCAUUACAAAUGUCAAGGGGGUGGGAGCAAGGAGAUUUCAUUUUGUGUUGAACUCCACCUCUCUAAGUAUAAGUGACAACUUCUGACAUUUUGGAAAUGCAUGAUAAGCUGGAUAGACUACAGAGAUGAACACAGAAUUAUGAAUGGGGUGUGUGUGUAGAUGAGAGUGCGAGAACUGUAAAUGACUUGCCAUUAUUGUAUCAUAUCAUGACUCUUUUCUAACUUGGUUUAACCAGGCUGCAUGGUUUAUGAAAAACUUGGCGAGCAAAUCUUUGGCACCCCGGGGAAGUUUAUUGUUUUUGGAUCCACGUCUCUUCAGAACACUGGAGGUAAAUGCUGUGUGCUUAAAGGUGACCUUUUGGCAUUUUCAGUCUCCCUAGUACCACUGUACUCUGCUCAAACUUAAAUUCUCGCUGCAUUGUAAUAAAUAUGUGUUAGGAAGUAUAUCUAGUGUUUCUGCUGUCUUGGCUAUUUGGAUUCACCUUCUGCCCAUAUGCCCUUGCUCCUCCUUCUGCCAGUUCUAAUAAAGAGACCAGUAUGCUUCCAAGGAUAGAUGGAAGUCUAUCAAUUCCUUUCCCCCACCCUAUUUUUGGGAAACUCUUUCCUAGUAUGGGUCAUGUUAAUGACAUCAUGUGAGGUUUGCUGGCCCAGUUAUUCUAUUUCUAUAGGACUAUCACUGGGUUAUAUUCACUGCAUAGACUGAAGCCUGGAGGCCACUUCAAAUGAGACCUUUUGUACUUCGUUAUGGUUCCUGACUUGAGUACAAAAAAACUUAUGCUGUGUGUCUCAGUUUCAAAUGAUGUAUUUUGAGUGACUUGUCUCUUUAAAAUGCACACAAAUGGUGAGUGGGAAAGGAUUGGGCCACUUCUGAUGCAUAUAUUAAAGGCAUAAGCUACUGACAAUACAGGCAUGUGUCAUUUAGACAUCCAUGUGAGAUACACAAACAGAGGGCAAGUUCAGACAUAAUAUUUCUGGUCCAUUGGAAAUGGGCAAGCAGCCUGAGCAUUCCUGCAUUCCCUUUAUUUUCAGUAAUCUGCACUCAGAAGUUUGGGUGCUACCUGCAAGCCAGAAUUGCAAACCACAGUUUGAUACUGGUUUGCAAUCCUGGCUUGCUGGAAGCAGUUAAAACCAUAGUUUCCUCAUCCAGAUAACAUGGGGAUAUUGCAAUUUAACAGACUAGGCACUCUUCUCUGCAUCUGGGUGUGCAAGAAGAGGAAGAGGGAGCCCUCAAUCUCAUCACUCAUUCACAUGUCAACAUACCACAGUUUAUUGGACCAGCAAUAUUAAUCUCUGAACCCACCCAUAGUGUGUAUUUUGUACUUGGGGAUAUCAUAGCUGAAUAUACAAAAAGACUCCUUUGAAUUGGCCCUGAGGAUAGCACAGAGAAAAACCAAGCACACGGCAGUGUCUUGGCAUCAUGACUGAUUAUGUUCCCUUUCUAACAAGACCUUGUUUUCCCCAGCAAUGCUGAGCUAUCUCUUCAUAGUUAAAAAUGAACUACCUGCUGCCAUAAAGUUCCUUAUGGGAGAAGAAGAAACAUUUUCGUAAGUUUAAUUUGUGGCUUUGCUGACUGGACUAAUUGGUUAGUCGGUCUAAGGCAGGGGUUUAUCAAAAGUAUUCUGUGCUAGAAAUGUUAUAGGCUCCUGUCUUGCUGGUUUUGAAUGCUAGGUGUUACAUCACAACUUUUUAUGGGAUUAGUAAAGGCAGAGAAAUACAAAGAAGCAAAAUAUAAGCCUGAAGUUAUCUAUUCUGUGCUGCUUCAGUUGUUGUUGUUUUUUUAAAAAACUCUAUAAUAAUAAACAAAGCAUUAUUAUUCAAGUUCUUGGGGGGGGUACACCAUUGAGAUAUAAUAUAUACUAAACUGAACAGAAAAUGCCAUUAGGGAAGUGGCAAACCACUCACAGAUAUAUAUUUUUCAUGCUAGAUCAGCCUUCACCAGCCUGGUACCCUCCAGAGGUUAGGACUACAGUUCCCAUCAGCCUCCAGCACUGUGCUAAAGAGACAAACUGAGCAGUUGUAUUCAACUAACUUUUACUUAAGAGCAAACCUGUUACUAGACUUAAGUUAUUCAUGGCCAUUAAUUUCAAUGGAUCUACCCUGAAUAAACCUAGCAGUUUGAAAGCAUGUCAAAGUGCAAGUAGAUAAAUAGGUACCACUUUGGCGGGAAGGUAAACGGUGUUUCCGUGUGCUGCUCUGGGUCGCCAGAAGUGGCUUAGUCAUGCUGGCCACAUGACCUGGAAGCUGUAUGCCGGAUCCCUUGGCCAAUAAUGCGAGAUGAGCGCUGCAACCCCAGAGUCGGUCACGACUGGACCUCAUGGUCAGGGGUCCCUUUACCUUUACCUUUUUACCCUGAAUAAAAGUUAGCUGAGCAUCAGCACCAAUUUCUAAUACCUGACUGGAAGGCUUGCUAUGCUUAAAAGCAGCAGCCAGAAUGUUCCGUAGUGCUCCUUUUGCAAAGUAUAGAGCUUGGGUAGCCAACAUUGUGCUCUCCAGAUAUUGUUGGGCCACAACUCCCAUCAGUCCCUGACAGCAUAGCCACUUGUCAGGGAUGAUGUGAGUUGCAUCCAACAACAUUUGGAGAGCACUCCAUUGGCUACCCUGGUACAGAGAAAUGAGUUAAUGGGAGAGUUUGUACAAUCACCCCUCUGCUUCAUAGGCUGAGAUAUCAACGAGCCUUUUGCCUGCACUUGCGGCCCCUUUAUUCCUUCCUUCAUGCAAUCUGGCAAACCUACCAGGAAGUCUUCCAUUUGCUACAGUUUCCCAUUUCACUCAAACCAGGAAACUAUGGUUAACAGCUUUAGAAUAUGGAUUUUAACUCCAAACCAUUGUUUUAAUAUUCUGUCUUGUUCUGAAGCUGUUGAGUUUCCCAGUUCAGACAAAACAGAAAACUGUAGUUAAUAGGAGACUUUCUGAUUUGUUUGCUAACUCACACAAAGGAAGGAGCAAAGAGACCACAUAUGUGGAUGGGGGGCAGGAUUUGUUCAUAUCUCAGCUUAUCACAAUAGACAUCAUACGCCUAGAAGCAAGGGCUUUUCAUUCAGUGCAUGUUGUCUUAUGGCCACAGCACAUAUUGCAAAAUAACUGUCUGCCUGGUUGAGCAAACCUUUCCUAUGUUGACAGCCUGAGGCAGGUCUAAUGCCAAUUGGCAUGGCUUUGCCCUCCACCCCUGGCAUAGCUCUUAGCACUUGGGCAAUCCUUUUCUUAAUAACUCCCACGAAAAAGUGAUGUUUGCAGACUCCUGUGGCUGAGAUUCAAGAAAGGCAACUUCAUAUUAAUAGCUGUUUACUUAUACCUGUCCUGGGAAACAGUAUCUUUUUGAGCAACUAGUCACUUAAUAGGGGGUGGGGGAAACCCCAACUGUAUAAAAAUAUGAGAAUUCAGGGUAAAAAAAAGUGAUGCUAUCCUGUCACUUUUGAAAAUGUUUUACAGGGCCUGGUACGUGGAUGGGAGGCUUCUUGUUGUAACAGUGACGUUCUGUAUAAUCCUUCCCUUGUGUCUUCUUAAAAAUUUAGGUAAGGAUAGAUACCUUCUUUAGUUUGAAGUAUGGUUCUUAGACUUAAUAUUCAGGGUGUAUUCCAAUCAUGGAAGGCCACAUUCUGUUUCAAGCAUAUUCCUUAGCUCCAGAAUAAACUAUGCACAGGGAACCUUAUAAUAUAAGAAGCCUAAGGUACAAUUUGGUACUGUCUAAUUUACAUCUGGCUGUCUGAACCUGAGACAAAAUAAUGUCGUCGCUUGGUAUUUUCUAUUUCUGACCACUGAUUAUGGCCAAAAAAAGAUUUCUUUCCCCCUGAGGCAAUGUAAAUAAAGUUGGCUAGUCUCUCUCCCUCUUUCUCUCUCGCUCUUUUAAAAAUACUGUUAACAUAUAUUUUGUUCCUAAAAUAAGGGAAGGUUCUGUUAAACAUCACCUUUAAGAAAAGGUGACCAAUUCUACAUAAAGCACAGACUAGUAAACACCUCGGGACAUUCAUUAGUCUAAGAUAUUUUUAAUUGACUUUGACACUCACCAAGCCUGGCUCCAGAACCCUCUUUCCACAGUUUCGCUUUUUGCCAACCCUUCACUCCUUGCUCUGUACGAGGCCUCAGCAAUUCAGCUUUUAGCUGCCUGUUGCUGCCAUGUCUCCAGACAACCUUUCCUUCUCCAGAAGCCAAACUAGUGCACUGAAAAAUGCUCAUUUGUUUUUCAUGGUAUAAUACAUGAUAUUUAACUGGAUUUCUCCAUUCAGGGAAAACCCUAUAGACUUUUCACUGUGUGUUUGAAGACAGGAUAAGAAUGUGACAACAACAUUGUCUUUCACAGUCAAGAACCCUCUGCAAUUCCAUUUGAUGUUUACUCCUUAAUGAAUCAUCUUUCCUCUCGCAAAGAUUGAAUUGUUUGAGCCAGGAUUCUAAAAAUAUAAAGAUAUGCUAUCAGAACCAUUGGUGUUACUCCUGCUUCAACAUGGAGAAGCAUUGUGUCCUUUUGAGUGACACAAAUGGUUGUCAAAAAUAAAAAUCCAAAUGAAAAGCUAACCAUUUAAAAAAAAUUAUUAAAAAAAAAUUUGAUUGGAUUGUUAAAAUGGAAUUUUUUUUUAAAAAUUCUUUUUUUAAAAAAAGCUAACUAACAGUGCAGUCCUAACCAUGUCUACUCUGAAUUCAGUGGUAAAUAGAGUUAGGUUUACACCAAUAAUUAUUAACGUGUAAGUGCCUUUCGGUGGCACACCCCCCCCCACACACACACCUGCCACGUCACCCUGCUCCUGGUUAUGUAACUAUAAAUCAACCAAAUAAAAAACAAUUUGGUCAGCUGGUGGUGCUAACCUUCUGCCAUCCAUAUAGCUGCUGCUUACUAAGAAGUAGAGAGGGGGUGAGGUGGAGGGGAACUUGUGCCAUUAUAAACAUACAGCAAGAACCAAUCUGAUGCUGUCAUCAGUGUGUUUGCACCGUGCUGACUUCAUUGCUGCCUCUUCCUCUACCUCCUGGUAAGCACGGGCAACAUGGGUGACAGAAGGUCAGGUCAACUCCCCUGCCAGCUGCUCCUGGCUUUGUCUGAAAGCCAGUGUCUUUGAAAAGUAUUUGUGACAAAAGUGGCAUAGGUAUUCCCCGCAUGUUAUUGGAAUAUGUUCCAUAUUAUUCACCAGAACUUAAAACAUUUAACCUGUUAGUAAUUUAAUAAAUGUGAAUGAGUUGCUGGAUAAGUUUUCCUUUGAUUUUAUCUCAGGGUAUCUCGGCUACACCAGUGGAUUUUCCCUGACUUGCAUGGUAUUUUUUCUCAUAGUGGUAAGUUUUGCUUGGUGUUUCGGUUAGAAUGAAAUUAUUAACUUCCAGCAUCAAGUCAUUUGUUUUGGAUAUUUUUUCAAUGGUGGUCCUUUAUCCCAGGUUGUAUACAAGAAAUUUGAAAUUCCUUGUCGCCUGGAUGAGAAAAAUGCCACCGCACCUCUGUCUCCAAACUCUAGCAUUGCCUAUGUGGAUACGUGCCAACCCAAGUAUGUCACCAUUAAUUCCAAGGUACGUUUCUUUCCAUACCAUUUUGUCAUUUUGUUCCACAUGCCAGCAGCUAGACUGUGCAAGAAAUCCUAGACAAACGCAAGUUUUCCAACCAGAGCAAAUUACAUUUUUACCUAGGUUUUGUUUCCAAGGUUGAAGAGUUCAAAGACCUGGGGAAAAUUUUGACAAUAAUUCUGAACAGCAGAUUGCAUAGGAAAAUAAGUGCAGCCAAUCAGAUGUAAUAAUCAUAUUAGCAGCAACACCAACACUAUACAGUGGUACCUCGGGUUAAGUACUUAAUUCGUUCUGGAGGUCCGUACUUAACCUGAAACUGUUCUUAACCUGAAGCACCACUUUAGCUAAUGGGGUCUCCCGCUGCCGCCGCGCCGCCGGAGCACGAUUUCUCUUCUCAUCCCGAAGCAAAGUUCUUAACCCGAGGUACUAUUUCUGGGUUAGUGGAGUCUGUAACCUGAAGUGUAUGUAACCUGAAGCGUAUGUAACCCGAGGUACCACUGUAGUUUCCCUUGUAUUCAAACAUCAUUGUAUAUGCUUGUUAUUUAACAGGUGUCCCCAGUCCCAUGAAAGCCAUGUUUUUCUAGGCAGAGCUCCUAAGGUUUCAAAUCAUGGCAAAAACGCAGUAGGUUGGAUCCAAAGGUUUCCAUCCACAAACAGAAAGACACCUUUCAUCAGAGCAAGGGAACCUUUGGAUUCCAUUCCAUUUCAUGGGACUUUCCUGGUCAUUGCACUGCAGCGCUGGGCACCGCUUCACAUGAUAUGCAACUAUAAAAAAAACCAGGAACCCCGCCAGACCAAAACGUUGACAAUCCCGGUUGAAGAGCACAGAAAAUUCAAACUUGUAUAUUGGAAACGAUGAUGAUUUUCUUAAUGACAUUUGGAGGGACUACGUCUCUCCCUCCUGACUCAUAGUUUUGUUUUUGUUUUCCAAACAGACCGUGUACGCUUUGCCUACCAUUACAUUUGCAUUUGUGUGCCAUCCCUCGGUCCUUCCAAUCUACUGUGAACUUAAAGAGUAAGAGAGAAACCAUUGUUUUGUUAUUAAAGCAAACUGCUUUGUCUGUAGAGCGUUGGUACUGAAUUGCACUCUGCACUGCUAAGAGAAAAUAACUUUAAUUUGAGAAAAGCAGCAGGACCUGCUCGUCAUCUAGGAAGACUUGGCUCACCCAGGGGGGUUGAGGGUGGCAACAUAACAAAUAUGGGGCUCUCCUUAGAUCUACACAGCUGUUAGCAGAGACAGAAACAGUGUGAACAAUCACUUUAUACAAGGCAAUGCCAAAGCGCAGCCAAUAACUGGUGUCUGUCUCAAAGGCAGCCAUAUCUGGUACAGGAGCUAGCAGCAUUGUCGAUGUUAUUUUCUGGAGCUUUCAAUCUUAUAUGCUUUAUACUAGCUUCCAUUUUCAAAAAGAAAGAAGAAUUGCUGCCAACAUGGUGCUACUUACAAGAGCAUUUGGAAGGCAAAAGUUUGCUGAAUUCUGAGAUUAGCUGGGGCCUCCUCUGUUUUGUGAAUGUGUGGACCAUAUAAAAACUCCUUAACCUUACAUAGAUUUCAGGAUCAUUUCAAAAUGUUGGUGCCCCAGGAAUCUCCAGCUAGAGCUGGCACCUCUAUAAUUAUGCAAUGUUCCUAUAAUGGAUUCAUUUAUAGAAAGAUAGUGGACUCCUCACAGGAACUGCUUAACUGAGGCAGACUAAUAAGUCAUCUAGUCUGGUGGUCUGUACAGUGGCUGGCAGCCCCUGCCCUGAACUGCUGUUUCCUAGAAACCAAAAGUGUUAGUUAUCUCUAAAACAAGCAAACCACAUGGACCUUUCCUUACUAGAUUGGACUUGAUACUCUGUUGCAAUCUCUGUAGCAGAGAGGGGGGAAAUUACCACUCCCCACCCAGGAAUCAAGGGCUCCCUAAAUUAAUUGGAGAUUUGUUUUCCUGGUCUUCGCUAAACUUUAAAAACCACAAUGCCAUUGUUAUCUCUUUUUACCUUAAUUGUGUGGGCUUCAAACCUUAAUUGUUGUGUUAAGUAAAAGGGUCAUGGUUCCUUACAUAUAGGGAAAGCCACCUAUAAACCAGCCCUUUAAUCGUUACCAUUUCAAGAAGGUGGACAAUGAAGUGGUAUGGUGUGGACAGUUGUUUACCCCAAACCAUUCCCGUACAGUGCUCCUCCUUGAGAUCUCAACGGUCUUCAGACUUGUUCCUGUUAAAUGGCAUACAUUCAAGUAUAGUUCCAAUUAUUCCAUAACUUCUCCCAUUGCCCCAUUUAUUUAUUUUCAGUCGUUCGCAGAAGAAAAUGCAGAUGGUUUCAAGAAUCUCUUUCUUCGCCAUGUUUGUCAUGUACUUCUUGACUGCUAUUUUUGGCUAUUUGACAUUUUAUGGUAAGUGACUAUUUUUGGCUACUCACCUCUUGUGCUUUUCAGUACAUUUAGAGAAAAAGAAACUAAAAGGUGUGUUUGUUUGUUUCUGUCUGUUUUCUGAAUUUUGUAAAUGGUCGAAGUGCUGCUUUCUUGUUUCCUCACCGUGCACAGAACGUAACGUCAAAAUUGAGAUAUAUUUUGCUCAUUUGAAAGUGGCAUUUCCUUGGCCCUUGACAUCAUACUUGCAUUCCCAAGUGUUUGGGGGCAGGGAAGUACACAAACCAGAGCACUGCCCCCAGUCAUUUCAUUCUUAGCAGGAGGGGAGGAACAUCUGCCUGGGCCCACUGGGUAGGGGUGGAGCAGUUAUCCUAGCUUCUUAUUUACAAAUAAAACGACUGUUUAAAUUGUCCUAAUAUCCCAAGUUAAAAUAAUUUCAUAAAUUUAUUUGUAAAAUGUCACUUUUUUGCAUUGUUUGUGCUUGCAACCUGUUUGAUUUAAACAGGGACUAACUGAAGCAAAUGCUCCGAGUAUUGGGGCUCUUUUCCUCUCACUUCCUCGCUGCGUUCAGGCCCAGGCAGAUUGGUGGCUCACACCCAUACUGGACAUUAGCACAACUGGGAACUGAGCUCCACUGAAAUGAAUGGGACUUACUCUCUGGCAAGUGUACACCAGGUUUCAGGCUGAAUUUGAUCUUUGCGGUUCAGUGGAGCAUGAAUUAAAACACUGUUUUCAAUCCAGGCUGCUCCACCGCCAUCCCUGUUGCCUGCAGAUUAAUCACUUGUUGUUUGAGGUGGCUCUUGCCAAGUGACAGCUUCUAUGAAUUAAUUGCUUAAUUGCUGGAACAGUUCUCUCUUUGUCUUCCCUGCAGAAACCGUGUCGUCAGAUCUGCUUCACAAGUAUCAGAAUAAAGAUGACAUCCUCAUCUUGACAGUCCGUGUUGCUGUCAUAGCUGCAGUCAUCCUCACAGUCCCAGUGUUAUUUUUCACUGUAAGUCUGAGGCUCCUGUUCACUUGGAGAUGUCUUACCAUUUCCUAGGAACAACUAUCAGAUUGCUGCAUAGAUUCAUUUAGAUUUGGUCCUGCUGACGGUGGCCUACAGUUUAAAAUCAACCCCCUGCCCCACCCCCAGAAAAAGUGCAAGUAAACAAUAGCAGUGCCAUGAAGUCCUGAGCCACCCCAGAGCCAGUGAUCGUGGCAUGGAUGUUGAAGUCCCCCAUAACCAGCAGUCCUAGAGUCCUCAACACUACCUCCAAGACCAGCUCUUGUCAGCUCAGGCAGGAAAACUGCUGGGCAGUGAAGCAGGUGAUAAACUAGCAGAAUCUGUCCUGAUUGCCCUUAAGUGGCUCAGAACCGCCCCAUCCCAUUUGAACUGACCUGGACCCUGCAAUCAUCAUCUGAAGCCCUUCUUUGUGUGCCUCCUCCGUGAGAUGUCAGGAGGGUGGCAACAUGAGAACGGGCCUUUUCUUCAGUGGCUCCCCAUUUGUGGAAUGCUCUCCCCAGGGAGGCUUGCCUUUAGGUGUCAGGCAGAAACAUUCAUCUUCUUACAGGGCUUUGGCUACAUUAAGCAAUCUGUAGCCUUUUAAACUCUGGGGGUAUUGCUUUUGUUUGCUAUUAUUCUUUAUAUUGUUGUGUUUUUUAUAUUGUAAGCUUCCCUAUGAUCUUUGGAUAUAGGGCAGCAUAGAAAUUUAAUUUAAAAAGCAAAUAAAUUAAUGCAGGAUAGUGCCUGUGAAUUCCUAAGUGGGCACUAUCCCAUUCCACAGUAUGGGCUCAGUUAGCCAGCGGAAGGCAGAAAUGUGACAUAUCUUGGUGCAGGAAAAUGUUCAUCCUUUCCUGUUGUGAGUCUGAUUUGCUAAGCUCUAUGAGAGGAAGAAUGAAUUUCAUCCUGGCAGAAGAGUAAUUAAUUUUGACACUAGAACAAAUGAUGUUAACAUAAAAAGCCUGCAGCUGUAAUAAAUAGCAUCUGGUGGAAAUGCAGAUAGUAUGUUCUCUCUCUCUUAUACUCACAAACACAUUGCCAUGUCUAACAGUGCAAUCCUAACCAAGUUUUCUCAGAAGUAAAUACUGUUGAAUUCAAAAGAGCUUACUCCCAAGUAAGUGAUGUUAGGAUUGUAGCCUAAGUUCUCUAGAAUGAAUUUGGAGUCAAGCAAAUCUUAAGUGCAUUAUACAAAACCAUGGAGGGAAUUAGUAAGGGAAAUUAUGCAAAUUUUGAUUGCAAUAGCUCUUUUUUUUUCUCUUUACAGGUGCGUUCAUCUAUAUUUGAGCUUACUAGAAAAACCAAAUUUCACUUGUGCCGUCACGUUGUGGUUACGGUGAUCCUUCUGGCGAUCAUUAACUUGUUAGUUAUUUUCAUACCUUCCAUGAAGGAUAUUUUUGGAGUUGUAGGUACAGUAUUCAAAUUAUAUUUGAUUAAGAAAUGCCUUUUACUGUGGGUCACAUCAACUAGUCUGUUAUAACAAAAUCUAUGUGCUUGGUUUGCCACAGGGGUAACUUCUGCCAAUAUGCUGAUUUUUAUUCUCCCGUCAUCACUUUAUUUAAAAAUCACCCACCAAGAUGGAUCAAAACUGAUUCAGAGGAUUUGGGUAAGUUUCAGAAAUCAGGAGCUAUCUCAAGCUUUGUCCCAGUAGCCAUCCCUAAACUAUGUCUGAAACUAGUCCUCCAAGAGCAUAAAAUAUUUCUGCUUGGCUUUGAUGAACGUUCUCAUUUGGUUAACCUGUUUAUGAAAAUAAGUUCUGCUAGCUGAACUACUUUUCCCCUUUUGGUUCUAGGCCUCUCUCUUUUUGGCAUUAGGAGUAAUGUUUUCCCUGGUGAGCAUUCCUCUCGUCAUCUAUGACUGGGUGCAUUCAGGAGACACUGCUGAAGGCCACUGAAGUUAAUGGGACAUUAAGAAGAAUACACUUCCAUUUUGCUACUCACACCAAAAUCAUUAUUGUCCCAUUUUGGUAAUAUGCCCAUCCACUCUUUGUGAGUAUCCUUCAUGAACUCAAAACAAUGGAAUACCAGUAGGAUGCGAUGUUCUACUGUGGGUUGCAGCCAACUAAGUAUUACUCAAGAGUAGUCCCACUGAAAUUAAUGGAUACAAAUUAGUCAUGCCCAUUGAUUUCAGUUGGUCUACUCUGAAUAGGACAAGCAUUGGCUGCAACCCAAUCAUUUUAUGUUACCUUAUUUUAAAUGUUAUCCUUCAUGUUCCCACAAGCUACUGGAUCAGUAUUAAGUUUAUGGUGGUGGUCAGUACAAUUUUGCAUACUCAUAGAUUUGUCCAUUGGCCAUUGGUGUUCUGUGUAUGGUAACUGACACUAAAAUAAUUGAGGUUAUAUACUUGCAAAUUAAUAUAUAAAUUUGUUUUCAACUACAAUCAGUUAACCAGCCUUGAUCAAACUAGAGUCCACUUCCUGGAGAUAAGUUUACCUCUAUCUGAUUGUUCUUGUCCAGCAGUGUGCUUAGUGGAUAGAUAAUCUACCAUUAGGUCACAUAUGUACGUAAUCUAUAGGGUCUUUGGUAUCCGUGAACAAAGCCUGUACACUAUUAAGCCUUAGCAGAUCAUCCCUACCAGAAGUUGUCUUUUGCACACUCAGUUUGUGAGUUCCAUGUAUGCAUGUUUGGUUUAUUUUUAAAGAAAUGGUUUGUGUUCAGAUAGUUGUCCCCUGGGGAUGUGAAUAAAUUCAUAAGGUUGAUUGCUGCCAAUUAUAGAACUGUUGAUUUCAAUCUGGAACUGCGGAGGUGGUGGCUUCUUAAUGAGCACUCAGUCUGGAAGGAUGUCCUAGAAAAGAAGGGAAGAUUUGCCUAGACUUUGGCCCAGGAGUUUAAAAGCAGGAUACACUUCUGAAUCACAAAUGGUUAUGAAGCUGAACAUGAACAGACUCAGAACGGGUGUUUGUCUCAGCCAAAUAAGUGGUCUGACAAUCAUUUGAAAGCAAUGCCACAAAUAAAAGCCCUGAUGGAACUUCAGGAAAUGGACCUCAGGCCGACCACUGAAAAGUGAACAUGCAGAGCUACGGCAAGCUUUCAGGUGAACAGAGCAGACCCUGUUCCCUCUGAAAUUUGCCAUUGGUGAAGGCAGCUAUCACCAGAACACUAUGAAGGAUUGCAGUGGAGGUCACAGACAGACAUCUUAACUGCCAGCCCUUGGUAGCUUUUGCGUAUUGUGUUAGAAAUUCUUGCAUGUGUAUUUCCCAGUUUGCAUUUGAGUUUGUGUGGUGGGUGUGUAUGCUAUAGUGUAGCAGGCAGCCAGGCUCCACAGGGUUAUAAAGUACACUUGGCUGUAUCCCCCCAUGAACCUUACAGUGGAGGCAGGGAAAUCUCUCUCAGCCUGACGAGGGAGAAGAGUUUGAUGAAAAGCCACUGCUUAAACAGAGUGGAUUGUAGGCAACCAUUUACCAACUGGAAAGUUAGCGGUUUGCAUAUAUGAUGCAUGUUGUCCUUUCAAAUGAUAAGGAGAAUCUUACCACAUAUCAAGCGAAGAUGUGCAGGAAUUGAUCACCUGUAUCCAACCUCAUUCAGCCUCUGUUCUGAUGACAGGAUCUAUGGGAAUUAGAAUCUGUAUCAGCAGCCUUCGACUUUUUCAGACUCAGUCUCAUCUUUAAACUUAAACUCUUUGUAGAUUUAAAAGCUCUUGAGUAUUUCUCCAAAAAGCUGUGCCCCGUUUUCUAGAUUGCAUUGAUAACAGUAUCUCUUGGAUUGAAGCUUUCAGGCAGUGAAAUGAAAGCAAGCAGGUUCAGGGGUGAUUGAAGUGUAUGACAGAUAAAUCUCCUUGGUGCCAUAGUGAUAUUUGUAAAUUCAAAUGUUUAGUUUUUUGCACACUACACACCCACCCACCCCACAAGAAUAUAAAGCUUAAAGGGAGAGUGUACCAGCAAGGCUGAGAAAUAGUAAAAGAACUACUGAAGAAGUCAUAAGUUCCAUCUCAGUGCCUUGUAAGGAAAUACAGUUUGAAAACCACCUCAAGCAAUUAAAUGUAACAUGACAGAGAAACUGGGGAGACUUUGUUCUCCAGCCAUUGUCCACAGAAUACAGAAAGUUGUAACUGUCUUCAGUCUGAAGGGUCACAGGAUGAUCUCUCUGCAUACACAGAUACCCCCACACUGCCUGUUAAGCUGCUCCUAAAACUCAAGAGACUAGCCUUCAAUUGAGUAGAAGGAUCUGUGGUCCAUUAAAAAAGAAAAGAAAACAAUGACAUGUAUGCCUGUGUGUAUGUGUGUGCUCUCUUGGUUGUAGCCUGAGUUACUGCAGUGCCUGUUAUCCAAUAUAGACACCUGUAUUUCUUCUUUUAAAAAUAAAAUAAAAUCAUUAUAAUUGCAUUUGAGGUGUUCUGCAAUGAAAAUUUCUGGAUCACAGUUAUCCACCCUUUGGAUCAAUCAGUGUUUGUUUUAUGCAGUUCAGGCUCUAGGACAAUUAUCCUACUGAUAUUCAGCCCACCUGUAUAUUUUUUAAACCAAAACUCAUGAUAAACUGUACAUAUUUCAUAGUACUAUUUCAUAACUGCUUUUAUAAAUAUUUUGCCUUUUCGGAAUGUGUAGGACUUUAGAAUGUGAUAUUAUUUAUCAUUUCUGCAAAGUGCUUUAUAGAUAGUAUCUUGUUCAUCUGCAAAACCACAUUGUGAAGUAGGUCAGUUAAGAGUUCCCUAUUGCAGAGUGGAGGCCAGGGAAGGGAAUGAAUUGUCCAUGGCUGAGCAAGGAUUUGGACUUAGAUCUCCAAUUCAAGUCCAGCAUUUUGUCCAUUAGACUAUUUUGAAGGAUGGUACAAAAAGCAAGUUGCUGUUGGGUUCAAACUGACACAUGAAACUGUGUACUAGGUUUUGUUUUUGUCUUAAAUGCUGAUGUAAAAUGGCCUGGUGAUUCCUAGAGACACUUGGGAUUCACCAUAAUAUUGUGAUAUGCUUGCAAAUAAAUUACCAAAUGGAUGAGUAAUGGAGAAUAAUAAGUACACCAGGUGUUAGGGAUGGGGUAAGUCUCAGGGUCUUGAGAUGAGAUUCACAGGAAGAUUGUCAACAUUAAGUGAUAGUUGGUUCCCCUCAGUUUGGGAAUAACUAUAAUUUUGCCAGUGGUGUAGCACAUUUCAAGCAAAGCUACAACAUCCAAGCCAUUAAUUCAUUGCCCAGGCUAUCUUGAUGAUGAUAAAUUCUAAUUAAAGCUACAGCAUAAUUGAUUUUUUAGGUCACAGUUCCAGCUUUUUGGUUUUCUACGCCAGCCUCAAUUUACUCCUUCCCUAUCCUUCUUUUGUGCAUGUUGAUAUUGACUAGGAGCUCUGUUUUUAUUAACUUGAAUUGUUUUAAAAGGGGAUUAGGAGGGGAAAUCAUGGAACGUAAGUCUAUCAACAGCUGCUAGCCAGGAUUACAAAGCAGAAGCUCCAUGUUCCAAGACAGGGAAUGCAAAUUAUUGAAGGGCAAGAGAGGGCUGGUGCCCUUCAUUACCUGCUGGGACGAUCUCCUAAAGGCCUCUAAUGGCAAACAGGAUGCUAGACUAGGUGGGCCAUUGGAAUGAUUUAGCAGGGGCUUAAUAGCUGGCUAUAAAGGUCUUUUCCAACCUUAGCUGAUAAAGCACAGUACAUGUGCAAUUGCUGUAGAGGAUCCAAAUACCGCCCCAUACAGCAGUAUGUCUGUUGCAGGAAUGUCAUGUUUCCCCAUCACAAUAAUUUGUCCCUGGGAGUGGGGAGAGAAAGGGAGGGGGAAAGCAAUGGGUAGCAAAACUUGCUCCCAGUUGCAUUGCAUAUGACGUUGCACUAUUGCUUGAAAACCAAAUACAAUCCGGAUGAAAUACAGACACGGAUAUUACAUAUGCCUUUGCUUGGUCCCCCAGUUCCACAAACUUCUUUCUGAACUUUGGACAAUAUCACAGUAGAAUGUAUUGGCUUAGGUGGGUUGUUAAAAACCUCUCAGAUCUCCUCUGUCCAGGGAUCUUUCUUUAUUCGGAAGUGAGCAUUCCUGAGAGUGCUUGGCAUCAGGAAAGCAUUUCCUUUUGUUUUGGUUUUUUAAAACAACAACACAAAACUGAAUGUGCCCGUUGUUUCUCAGUGUAAGGCCUUCUGUUAUCAAAUGUGAUGAUAACAUUGAAUGCCUUUGUCAAACACAGGGCUGGCAGGACCUUGAUACUCACACGCUGUACAUAUAUCCCCUAAGUCUGAUUUUUUAAAAACAGCAGCAGCAACAAAAAGAAUCUAUGCAGUUGUGUUGUAUUGUAGGAAACAUUUCAUUUGUGUAUGUAUAUAUAUAUAUUGUAAAUAAAUAGGAUGCUUCUAUUUUUGCAGUUGUGUAUUCCGUAAAAUGAAAGUGCUGAGGUAGUUUGUCCAUAAGAGUUAUUUAAAAAACAAAAAAAGUGUUUGUAGCCAAAUCUGAAUAGUAGCAUCAAAGCCUUAGCUCUCGACUUCACUGAAUUUGUCCUCUCCCACUUUUACUCUGUCCAGUUCUAUUCUACCAUGUAAUGAAGUUGCCUAAAGCAAAUCCUAAGCUUAUAUAAUGGUGUUGUUUACUGUAGCACAUUUCUAAGAGCACAACUCAAUGAACUGCCAUACUUUGCUACUAUCUGCCGUAUAUUUCUCUUUGUUAACUGGAAGUAAAAUGUAAUCCUUUUUCAGUGCCCUCUAACCUUCUAUGAAUCUAUGCUGUGAUACAGAGCUUCAUGUGUGCUUGGAUGUGUCCAUAAAAAAAGAAACUACCUUAUAUCGGCUCAAACCAUUGGCCCAUGUUUACCCAUUUCUCUCUGCUCUAAACUGGCAACCGUUCCACAAAGUCCAAGGAAGAGGUUUUCCUCUGCUGCUUGAGAUCCUUCAAUUAGAAGUGAACCUGAAGCAAUAUGCAUGUGGUCCACCAGUGCGCUUGUGGUUCAUCCAUCCCCUACAUACAACACUUCCAGUCCCCACUAGACACUUUAGCUAUACAUUGGGAAGGGGGGCUGCUUGCAGACUCAACCACAAUAGAUGGAAUGCAUCAAGUUCUGCUGUUGAAAAGACUCUCAUUUUAAACAUUCAUGUAUAAUAAAGGAUAUUAACAGCAAUGGAUGCAAAUGGAAAAACUUCCAUGUUGCGUAGUGAUUUGUGGCCAACAGUGCAACCACUAAGCUGGAAUACUAAAGGAUCCUCAAAUGAUGAAAUUCUAAAGACACUAUAAGAAGUAGCGGGGUGGGUAGGUGGGUGUGAAGGCAGCCCCUGUACAGAGCAGGCGAUUUUAUAUAAAAUGUCAACACUGCUUAUUAAUCUAGCGCUGGGUUCAGUACAGUAUUUUGAGGGCAAAUGAGCUGCAGGGGGCAGGGAGUGGCAUUUCUUUGUUGUCGCUUGGGCCCACCCAAAAAAGCACCAUAGGCCUGUGUUUGUGAGUGUGCACACAUACCAUAGCCCUCUUAAGCUCUGAAUCACAGCCUACAAGUGGGAUCAGUUUUGUCAAAGAUAGUUUUCUAUGAGAGCCCAAGGAAAUUAUGCACCAUGUUCAAAGAAGCACUGAAGGCCAUUUUGCUAGCAGCAUUGAUUGAUUGAUUGAUUGAUUGAUUGGUCUGUUUGCUGGGACAUAAGCCAGGCCUUAAGUAGAACUGUGCUAUGUGGCAAGCUGACUGUGUGCUCUCAGCACAGAGAUGAAUCUUACCAGCUGAAUUGGUCCUUAAUUUAAAUCAAAAUUGUAGUCACAAAUAUCUUACGUAACGUAUUUUUAAAGCUGGAGUACCUUGUUAUUCAGUAUUUCAGUGUUGUCCUACUGAUUUCCAAUGGAUCGUUAUACAUUUACCAGGCUUAUUUUGUGAGUAUGAAAUGGCAGGACCUGAAGCAGCACAAUUUUCAAACCAGCACAAAUAUCAAAUGUAGGGGUGGGGGUAUGUAAGCUCUUGCUUUUUAAAUUACUGCAUUGUUUAUUCUCUAGUGCUGCAGAUAAUCCAACAAAUUCGGUUUAAAAAGUGAAAAAUAUCCCAUUAAGAACUGAAUGUACAUUGUUUACAUUAAACCAGUUUUCUAAAGUCCUAAGCUAUGUUUUAAGCUGAGUGGUGUCCACUCAGGUUAUUAAAAAAAUACUAUUAGAAACAUUUUCCUCUGGCUUCUGUGUCAUUGUUAUCUGUGCUGUUCAUAUUUAAUGAUAUACAUGUAAAUGGUGAUCUGUGUAAAUAAAAACAAUGUAAUUCUGG